UUCUUUCAAGACUGAUACAGCACGCUCUUUGUGACCACUUGUUCUUUGUAGCCUACUAGAGCUUCACUAGUAAGGAGGUAAAUCAAGAUAUUUUGCGAUCGCGAGUGAGAGUUGAAGUUGGUUGUCGUUUGGCAACAGGACUAGUGAUCAAACAAGAGUCCAGUCUUCUACGAAGUUUAAGGACUUUCUUAUUGCCUCACUCCCACAAGAGCUGGGAAUAAAUUCUCUUCAGUUUCUUGGAGGAACAUACUGAAAGGAUGGCUCUGUACUUUGACAGUAAGAUCCAGGGUCCAGACGGCAUGGGGCCGUGUUCUAACCUGGCCUGGCACAGGACUCACACCGUGCUGGCUGUGGCCGCAAGUACGAGUGUGGGCGGCGGCUCUGUCAAUCUCUUCAUGGACGAUGGAGAGCCAGUUCCAGAUGGAUGUAUCCAGCGCUCGUCCCAGGUAACAUGCAUGAGCUGGCACCCGAACUACCGCGUCCUGGCCAUGGGCUGGGAGAACGGAGACGUCCUCAUGUGGAACGACCAGGACAAGGAGCUGCACGAGGCCAAGUCCAUUCACGACGCGGGGGUGGCCAUCCUGGAGUGGAGCACCAACGGGACAAGGCUGCUGUCUGGGGACAAGAAUGGACUCAUCACAGUGUGGAAGAUGGAUGGGAAAGGCAGAGCCCAGGCCUCCCCCUUCUGUAAACACCAGAUGGAACAGUCCGUGUCAGUGUGCCUGGUGAGACCAGGGACAGCAGUGGACCCAGAAAAUGACAUCAGUGGCCUUGCGCGGGCAGCAGUCAGUGGUGAUGAGAAGGCCCUGGACAUGUUCUCAUGGAAGAAAUCUCUCGGCUCCAAAAUCACCAUGGGACCCUCGGAGGGCCUGGCUUUCUUUCUGGGAGGGAUAGACGGAGAUGUGUACUAUCUAGAUGACAAGGGUAAGAGUUUGAAGGCCUUCACAGCGGACGGACCCAUAGAGAAGCUGCUGUUUUAUGAAGAGAAGAACAUUCUAGUCACGGUGACGUCUGGUCUGGUUCUAACCCAACACAAUGUGUCAUCUGAGGGCAGCUUUCAGGAAGUAACCAAGGUGAAGCUGAGUGGAAGAACAGGACAGUUGGACAUCAUCUGGGCUGGACGGGGGCUGAUGGCAACAGCUACUGGGGAACCUCUCAUCAGAAUGUGGGAUCUGGAGAAAGAUGACAACUACGCCCUGCCCCUGCCUCUAGACAACACUGUCUCCUUCACAUCCGGGGAGGCCAUCAACUGUCUGUCCUUCUGCUCAAAAAAAGGUGUCCUCGCUGGCGGGACCAGUGAAGGUAAGGUGGUGAUGUGGAGGUACGCCCCAGCACCGGGGCUGGCUGGAAAGAAGCAAGACGGAGACACAAAGUGGAAGUUUCUUUCACCAACAGUGUUGGAGGGAAACAUCACUCAAAUAAAGUGGGGCUCCUCCCUAAACCUGCUGGCUGUGAACAUCAUGGCUACUGUGAUCAUCCUGAGUGAACAGUCGAUGAACGCACACUUCCGAGACGGCGUGACAGCAGUACAGGUAUCAUCUACCCAGCUGUCCAUAGACAACUUCAACACCAAGGCUCACUAUGACCUCAAGACGGAGAUACAAGUCAAAGGGGUGUAUGUCACACAGAAUAACCUAGCAGUGUGGAACGGGAAAAAGCUGGUGGUGUACGACGUCCCCUCAGACAAGGGCGGAGUGAUCCGCAUGACAGGCACGUUCCAGACGGACUCAGCACUGGUGUGCAUGCACGAGCAGAACCUGUACACCAUCGAGCCCGGCAAGAUACAGGUGCGUAACUUCCAGGGCACGGUGAAGCAGCUGCUGACCUUCUCGGAGACGGAGGGAGAGCCCAUCGCCAUGGACGUGUGCGGACACUUCCUGGUCGCAGGAACCAGCACUAACUUUCUCAGGAUGUGGGACCUCUCCAGGAGGGAAGCAAAGCAACACUGCAACCCUAAGAACCUAGGAGAAGUGAUACCAGAACUGGGCAUGAUUGUCUCAGUCAAGAGCAACUGUAGCGGCAGCAAAGUUGCUGUCCUUGUCAAAAAGUCUCAGGGGCAGAUGGACUCUCGCCUGUGGCUGUACGAUGUAGAACUGGACAGUGUUCAGUACUUUGACUUCUCCUCAGGAAUGGGGGAGUUGGAUGAGCUCACAUCAGCACAGGAGGCCACCGGGGAGGAGGUGUCAGAAGAACAGAGGGGUAGAACAGAGGCAGCUAAGGAUGUGGCAGGCAGGUUCCCCAGGGUUCAGUACUGGGACCCGCUGGAGCCCAAACUACUCACCUGCGAGGCCAUCCUUCCGCCUCCUUCUGAGGACAAGAAAGGUUCCAAGAUGUCUUCACUCAGUGUUGCUGAAGUUCAGCCGGAUGUGAUGGUGGUAUCGUUGUUCAGUACCCCGGAACACGGCAUACUCCUACAGGACGCGUAUGCUACAGACACGGCACACGAUACGCUCAUCGGCCUGCAAGUUCCUUACUUCUACUUCACUAAGAAGGCAGGAGAGUCUGCAAAAGCCCAGGACGCCCAGGCCAGCACCAUGUCGUUGGUUCCUGAGAACGUGGCCCAGCGAACGAUGCGGGACUUUAUCGGACUGGAGGAGAGCGAUAAGAACUCACGAGACGCCAUGAUGAACUUCAGCUACUUCCUGACGAUAGGCAACAUGGACGAAGCCUUCAAGGCUAUUAAACUUAUCAAAAGUGAGUCAGUGUGGGAGAACAUGGCGAAGAUGUGCGUGAAAUCCCGCCGACUGGACGUAGCUCGGGUCUGUCUGGGAAACAUGGGACAUGCGCGCGGGGCGAGGGCACUCAGGGAGGCAGACAAGGAACCAGAGCUGGAUGCCAAGGUGGCCGUGCUAGCUAUACAGCUGGGACUCAAUGAGGAUGCAGAGAGACUACUGAAGCACUGCCAGAGGUACGACCUCCUGAACGAGCUGUAUCAGUCCACCAACCAGUGGAGCAAGGCCCUGGAGACUGCCGAGGCACACGACAGGAUCCACCUCAGGACCACCUACUACCACUUCGCCAAGCACCUCGAGUCACAGGGCGACGUGCUGGGGGCAGUACCCAAUUAUGAAAAGUCAGACACCCACAGAUUCGAGGUGCCACGAAUGCUGUUUGAUGACCCCCAGUCGCUGGAGGCCUACAUCAUGAAAACUAAAGACAAAGCAUUGCGUAAGUGGUGGGCUCAGUACAUGGAGAGUACAGGGGAGAUGGAGGCGGGGCUACAGUUCUACGAGGCAGCUGGAGACUACCUCUCAUUGGUCAGAGUCUACUGUUACUGCGGCAACAUGGACAAGGCAGCUGAGAUAGCGAAUGAGACGGGUGACAGGGCAGCGUGUUACCACCUGGGCCGGCAGAGUGAAACCCAGGACCGCAUCAAGGAUGCCAUCCACUUCUUCACACGGGCGGGGGCGUACGGCAGCGCCAUCAAGCUCUGCAAGGAGCAUGGAUAUGAAGACCAGCUGAUGAACCUUGCAUUACUGAGUACACCUCAGGACAUGUUAGAAGCCGCCAGGUACUAUGAGAAAAGAUCAGGAAUGGAGGACAAGGCUGUUAUGUUAUACCACAAGGGAGGUCACUUCUCCAAGGCCCUGGAGCUGGCCUUCAGGACCCAGCAGUUUGCUGCGCUGCAGCUGAUUGCAGAAGACCUGGAUGAGAAGACAGACCCUGUCCUGCUGAACAAGUGUGCCGACUUCUUCAUGGAGCACGGGCAGUUUGACAAGGCUGUGGAACUGUUGGUGGUUGCCAGAAAGUACGUUGAUGCCCUGGAGCUGUGCAUGCAGCAUAACGUGACCAUCACAGAGCCUCUAGCCGAGAAGAUGACCAUCCCGAAGGACUCUACGGAGUUUGAUGCGGAGUACCGGACACAGCUGCUGGAGAGGCUGGCAGACUGCUGCAUGAAACAAGGGUCGUAUCACCUCGCCACCAAGAAGUACACACAGGCGGGCAACAAGAUCAAGGCCAUGCGGGCUCUCCUAAAGUCAGGCGACACAGAGAAGAUCAUUUUCUUCGCUGGCGUCUCCAGACAGAAGGAAAUCUACGUGAUGGCUGCUAACUACCUCCAGUCGCUGGACUGGCGGAAAGACCCGGAGAUCAUGAAGAGCAUCAUCGGGUUCUACACCAAGGGCCGGGCGCUGGACUCACUGGCAGGGUUCUAUGACGCAUGUGCUCAGGUUGAAAUAGACGAGUACCAGAACUACGAGAAGGCGCUGGGCGCUCUGAGCGAGGCGUACAAGUGCAUGACCAAGGCCAGGAUGAAGAAUGCCUCCGAGCAGGAGGAGAAGGUGGCCAACAUCAAACACAGGGUCGCUCUCAUCAAGAAAUUCCUUCAGGCCAGGAAGGUGUAUGAGGAUGACCCAGAGGAAACCAUGAAGCAGUGUCAGGUGUUACUCGAGGAGUCAGACCUGGACUCUGCCGUCAGGAUCGGGGACGUCUACGGACUCAUGAUCGAACACUACGCACGGCAGGAGAACUACCCAAAGGCCUACCAGCUGAUGGAGGAGAUGAGGCAGCGCAUCCCGACCGUCAACAUGGCGUACUACGUCAACAUGCGCACCAUUGAGGCCGUCCACCGCGCGCUGGACAUACCGCUGGGCCGCGGCAUGGGCGCCGAGAAAAACAUGCGGGCGGAGAGCAUGGAGGAAGACGAGGGGGAGGAGGUGGAGGAAGAUGUGGCUGAGGACUAUGAUGAUCAAGUUUAA